GCCUAUAUGGAAAACCCCAUUGUGUACUUGGAAGAUUGGCGCAUACCAUUUUACAGCCUCACUGAGCGCUGCCUUUUUCUAACAUCCCUAUAGCCAGAAGUACAAGUCGGGUGAGCGUUGGCGGAUAGAGAAACAGGCAACUACAAUCGGAAAAGUGACUGAACUGAAGUUGGGUGUUUGGAUUUUGGACUCUGCCUUAUCACUCAUGAGAAAGAAAACUAUGCAGAAGUGGAAAUAAUAUUUGAUCAGAUGAAUUCCGCUAAACCCUCCGUGAUUAGUCUUGGAUUUAGGAAGCUCACUUGGAUCAGAGAAGAAGAUCCCAAUAAUGUGGACGAUCUCGUGGGCAAACCGAAUGAUGUAACCCGGAGAUUUGAUAUGAGCUAUCAGUAAAUUCUAAAAUCUUUGUAAUACAGUGUAGCCUACGAAUAACUAUCGUCCCGCUCGGAGUUACUCGGGGACUUGGUCGGUCUCACACAGCAGCGCAACGCACAGGCACACAGAGUUGGAGACGGCGUGGUAUAUAGCUCACUAAAACCAAAACUAUAUUUAUGAAAAUUAUUCUGAUCUAUAUCGAACGGACUGCACAAACAAUUUCUGGAUAAUACAAUUAGUUCCUGUCCUCCUCUGCUUUGGAAUGAUGCCUGCGCGUUCUGUGGGAAUUUAUUUUCUUCUCGGAUUCAUUCACAUUUGUUCAGGAUCUCGCCUGCGCCAGGAUGACUCCCCCCCCCGGAUCGUGGAGCACCCAUCCGACCUCAUCGUGUCCAAGGGCGAGCCGGCCACCCUCAACUGCAAGGCGGAGGGUCGCCCCGCCCCCACGGUGGAGUGGUACAAGGACGGGGAGCGCGUGGAGACGGACCGGGACAACCCCCGUUCCCACCGCAUGCUGCUGCCCAGCGGCUCGCUCUUCUUCCUGCGCAUCGUCCACGGCCGACGCAGCAAGCCGGACGACGGCAGCUACGUGUGUGUGGCCCGCAACUACCUGGGCCAGGCGGUCAGCCACAACGCCUCUCUGGAGGUAGCCAUUCUUCGUGAUGACUUCAGACAGAACCCAGCGGACGUGAUGGUGGCAGCGGGUGAGCCUGCUGUGUUGGAGUGCCAACCGCCUCGUGGGCAUCCUGAGCCAACCAUCUCAUGGAGGAAAGACGGCACCAACAUCAAUGACCGGGAUGAACGCAUCACCAUCCGCGGAGGGAAGCUGAUGAUCACCAACGCCAGGAAGAGUGACGCUGGGAAAUACAUCUGUGUGGGGACCAACAUGGUGGGGGAGAGGGAAAGCGAGAUUGCUGAACUGACUGUACUAGAACGCCCAGGGUUUGUGAAGAGGCCCAGUAGUGUGAUGGUGCUGGCGGAUGAGAGCGUGGAGUUCCAGUGCGAGGCCCGGGGAGAUCCAGUCCCCACGGUCCGCUGGAGGAAGGAGGAUGCCGAGUUGCCCCUGGGGAGAUAUGAGAUAAUGGAGGACCAUACGCUGGGCCUGCGAUUUGUAACGCCUGCAGACGAGGGCUCCUACACGUGCGUUGUCGAAAACAUGGUGGGCAAGGCCGAGGCAUCCGCUACGCUGACCGUACACGUCUUCACUGUGCCCCCAGCGUUCGCCAUGCGCCCUCGAAACCAGGUGGUGGCAGUGGGAAGAACGGUCACCUUUCAGUGUGAGGCCACUGGCAACCCUCAGCCAGCUAUCUUCUGGCAGAAAGAGGGCAGCAAUAGCCUGCUUUUCUCCUACCAGCCCCCUCAGCCCUUCAGCCGCCUCUCUGUGUCGCAGACCGGCAGUCUGACCAUUGCGGACGCCCAGCGCUCUGACUCCGGCUACUACAGCUGUCAGGCCCUCAACAUAGCAGGCUCCGUCAUCACCAAGGCCCUGCUGGAGGUCACUGACAUGGUGUCGGACCGCCCUCCACCCGUGAUCCGCCAGGGCCCAGUAAACCAGACAGUCCCUGUGGACAGCACAGUGGUCCUGGGUUGCAUAGCCACAGGUACCCCCGCUCCGACAGUCCACUGGAAGAAAGACGGGUCACCGGUGUCCUCCGACGAGUCCCGCAUCACCCAGCUAGACACAGGGGCCCUGCAGAUCCGCUACACCAAGCUUGGAGACACCGGCUUCUACACCUGUGUGGCGUCCAGCCCCAGUGGAGAGGCUUCCUGGAGGGCCUACGUGGAGGUGGAGGUGUUUGGGACGGUGGUCCAGCCGGGCCGACCCACAGACCCUAACCUGAUCCCCAGCGCCCCGUCCAAACCUGACGUGACGGACGUCAGCCGCACCUCGGUCACACUGUCCUGGAAGCCGAACCCAAACACUGGGGCCACGCCGACCUCAUACGUCAUUGAGGCGUUCAGUCACGUGUCGGGGAAUAGCUGGGUGACUCUGGCCGACCACGUGAAGAUGGAGACCUUUGUCCUGAAGAACCUGAAGCCGGGCGCCGUCUACCUGUUCCUGGUGAGAGCGGCCAACGCCUACGGCCUCAGUGACCCCAGCCCCAUCACGGACGCGGUCAGGACACAAGACACCCCUCCCACCAGCCAGGGGGUGGACCACCGUCAGAUCCAGAGGGAGCUGGGGGACGUGGUGGUUCACCUUCACAACCCCACCAUCCUCUCCUCCUCCUCGGUCAGGGUGCAGUGGACGGUGGAGCAGCAGUCUCCGUAUAUCCAGGGCUACAAGGUGAUGUACAGAGCGUCAGCUGACCUGGGCCAGCCGGGAGGGCAGUGGGGUGUGUUCGAGGUGCGCACCCCUGGAGAGGACGGCGCCGUGGUGCCUCAGCUGAAGAAGGGGGUCACCUAUGAGUUCAAAGUGCGUCCUUUCUUCGAUGAAUUCCAGGGAGCAGACAGCGAGGUGAAGGUGGUCCGGACCCUGGAGGAAGCCCCCAGCGGAGCACCUCGGGACGUUACCGUCACCAAGAGCCAAACCAACGGGACAGCCAUCCGGGUCGCGUGGCAACCACCUCCUGAGGAGGAACAGAACGGGAUGGUACAGGAGUACAAGAUCUGGUGCCUGGGCAACGAGAGCCGUUACCACGUCAACCGUACUGUAGAUGGCUCCACAUUCUCUGUGCUGAUCCCCAGCCUGUCGCCGGGGAUACGCUACAGCGUGGAGGUUGCCGCCAGCAAUGCCGCCGGCCCAGGGGUCAAGAGUGACGUCACCUUCUUUCAAUUUGACUCCACCGGUCAGAUGAUGGACAGCCACGCUGAACAGGACGCGCUGUCCCACAUCUCGGACGUGGUCAAGCAGCCGGCGUUCAUAGCGGGCAUCGGCGCCACCUGCUGGGUGAUCCUGAUGGUGUUCAGUGUUUGGCUGUACCGCCACCGCAAGAAGAGGAGUGGCCUCAGUAGCAGUUACGCCGGCAUCCGCAAAGUUCCAUCCUUCACCUUCACCCCCACUGUGGCCUACCAGAGAGGAGGAGAGUCUGUGUGCAGUGCUGGACGACCCGGGCUGUUGAACAUGGGGGAGAGUGUGAACCAGCCCUGGCUGGCAGACUCCUGGCCCAAUGCCUGCGCCAAUCACAAAGACUGCAGCAUCAACUGCUGCAACAAUGGCAAUGGCACCAGUGACAGCAACAUGACCACAUACAGCCGCCCAGCCGACUGCAUUGCCAACUAUGGCAGCCAGCUGGAGAAACAGCAUGGUGGUCUACUGGGGCCUGACCAGGCUGUGUACAGCGAUGUGGACCUCUCCAACAAACUCAACGAGCUCAAGACCUUCAACAACCCCAGCCUGUGUUAUCCAGGCCCAGGCGGAGGUCCACCCACCCCCUACGAGCCCACCCCCUACGCCACCACCCAGCUCAUCCAGUCCAGCAUCCUGAACAAAUCUGCCGCAGUGGCUGGUGCCUCUGACAUCCGCUGCUGGAACCAGCCCCCCUCGCAGCUGCAGAAAGCACAGAUGCAGUAUAACAUAAUGGAGCAGAACAACAGGCUUAAUAAAGACCACUUCAGAGGAGAUGGGCCCCAGCCGGGCACCAUACCAUAUAACCAGCCCCCCGACCACAACACAGGAGGGUCUCACCACAGCUCUGACAGGGGCAGCAACAGCACCUCUGGGAGCCAAAGUCACAAGAAGGGAACCCGCACGCCCAAACUUCCCAAAACCAACACAGUGAACUGGGCCGAUCCCUUGCCCCCUCCCCCUGCUAACCCCCCACCCAGCCGGGGCUGUGACGAGUAUACCCUGCCCAUGGAAAAAAGCUUUAACCCAGAUUCAGCCUGCCCAAUGCUUCCCUCGCGGAUGUAUCUGCACCCAGAUGAGAUGGAGGAGGACGAGGAGGAGGCGGAGGAGGGGAUGGAUAGGUGUCCCACACCCCCGGUCAGAGGGGCGGCCUCUUCCCCUGCCGGUAUGUCCUACAGCCACCAGUCCACAGCCACUCUAACCCCGUCACCCCAGGGAGAGCAACACAAUGGGACAGACCAACUCAGGCAACAUGGGGCCAGCCCACCUCCUCUCCCGCAUCCCCUCUCUCCCCCACACACCUACGGCUACAUCUCCGGCCCACUAUCCCUGGAUACUGACGGGCAGGAGGAGGAGGAGGAGGAGGAAGACGAGGGGGGUGAGACAGAUGCAGACAUGGCCCAGGGUCACUACCACCAGCACCAGGGUACCCAGCAGCCCCAGCAGCACCACCCUCCCCCACGCAGGCUGCACCUCCGGGGCCUAGAGCAGACUCCGGCCUCCAGCACAGGGGACCUGGAGAGCUCCGUGACCGGCUCCAUGAUCAACGGCUGGGGCUCGGCCUCCGAGGAGGACAACGGCUCGUCGGGCCGCUCCAGCGCCGUCAGCUCCUCGGACGGGUCUUUCUUCACAGAUGCCGACUUCGCCCAGGCGGUGGCCAACACCGGGGACUACACAGCGGGCCUGCGCAUGGCCCGGUUCCCAGAGGACACAAGGCCGGCAGGGCGAAGGCACCAGCGUCCCUGCAGCCCUCUGUCCACAGACAGCAACAUGAGCUCUGCCGUGAUGCAGAAGAGGCCCCCUAAAAGGCACAAGCAGCAGCAGCAGGUUCCCGCUGGCCACCAAGGCCCCCAGCAGAGGAAGGGCUUCACAGAUGACUCCUGCAUGCCCCUGAAGUCCCCUAGUCAUACGUCACGCUGUGGCUAUGAGGGGAGGGGGGCCACGCUCCCUAGGAUUGGCUCUGGGGAGGGCAGAGGCCGUAGAGGGAGUGCUGGGGGCCAGAGGACCAGAGAGGGCUCUGUGGAGAGACAGGAGGCCCAGGACAAGAGCAGGACUCAACAGGGAGGCAAGGGGAACCGGAAAGCCUUCCACCAACCAGUUUCCGAGGAUAUCCCCCCAUACAGCAGGCCCUCAUUCCCCUCUGUGAAGGGCCAGGCUCAGAGCUCCUCCAGCUCCAUGUCCUCCCGGAGCUCAGGGGGCCGGAGGAGAGAUGGGCCCUCCGGGGCCCGCAGGAAUCCCACAGACACACUGCCCAGCAUCGGAGGCUUCCAGACCCAGGAAGAGGAGCUAGAGCUGCUGGAGAGCUGAGGAUCAUUGAAGGAGGACUGGAAACUCUCGGAAUGCCCUCACAGGAAGAAAGAAAUCUGACAUCGCAAAUCAGUGACUAUUAUGUAAAUGACUUUUCUUAUCAUACAGACGAAGAAAAAAAAAAACUGAACAAUACUUAUCAUAGUUUUCCUUUUAAUAAUUUCUCAUUUGAUUUCCAUCUUGGAGGAGAAAAGUGAGAGAAAAAAAGGUGCAAUCAAGUUUGAGUCUGUGCACUCAGUGGUUAUGAAGCGCCGUUAGAUCAUUGUUUACUUGAGUUGUUGGUUGAGAACUGGCUUCCCCCAGUCUUUAUGGUGAGCUGGGGACUGAUGUAAGAUGAACGUACAUGCGCAUUUAGAUGGCAAUUGUCAAUCUAUACAAGGGGUGGGUACGAUCAUUUUGGCUUGAGCGCCAUAUUCCAAUUUCAAAAUGUUGCGGACAGGGACACUUUUGGAAAAUAAACAAUUAUUAGAAAAUGUACAGGUCCAUAAUAGUUAAUACAUGCUUUAAAUCUAGUUGUACAAGUUUAAAUGUGGGUAAUGUUUUCAACUCCAAAUAAUCAUUAAACCUCCUGAGGGCUGGAUUUCACCCACCCCUUGUGUACACAGAAAAGUUGGCUUCUCUAUGACUGUGGCUCUUUGGUACUUCAGAACGGACUUGUUGAAGACUAUGGUUUUGUGGUAUUUCAGAAUGGACUUGUCUGUAGAUGUGAUUCUGUGGUACUUCAGACUGCGCUUGUCUGUAGAUGUGAUUCUGUGGUACUUCAGACUGUGCUUGUCUGUAGAUGUGAUUCUGUGGUACUUCAGAAUGGGCUUGUCUAUAGAUGUGAUUCUGUGGUACUUCAGACUGGGCUUGUCUAUAGAUGUGAUUCUGUGGUACUUCAGAAUAGGCUUGUCUAUAGAUGUGAUUCUGUGGUACUUCAGAAUAGGCUUGUCUAUAGAUGUGAUUCUGUGGUACUUAAGAAUGGGCUUGUCUAUAGAUGUGAUUCUGUGGUACUUCAGAAUAGGCUUGUCUAUAGAUGUGAUUCUGUGGUACUUCAGAAUGGGCUUGUCUAUAGUUGUGAUUCUGUGGUACUUCAGAAUGGCUUGUCCAAUAUUGUGUUUCUGUGGUUUUACUGUCAUUCAUACUUGGACUUCACAAUCCAUCUUGUAAAUUGUUCAGUCAUUUUACUUCCACAAAAAUUGCAACAAUGGGAUUUUUAUGUUUGUUUUUAAUGUAUUUUUGUAAUGCACUGUUAUUGUUUUGUUAUUGAUGUUGGUCUUGUCAAUGUGCAUUAUUUGUUCUACUUUGGUUUCAAAAGCACAAUCACUUAACUUUAUUUUAAGCCAUUGUUAUCUAUGAUGUUCCGUCUUACAAAAGGAACAAUGAUAAAAAAAAAAAUGAUAAUGUUGAUUGUUUUCUGUGUACAAUUGGACAGGAGUGUUCUGUGUCUUGAUAUUCCGUAUCUGUUAGGGAUUGACAUGGAAACGAGACUCCAAUGUCCAGUUUGGUUUAAACUGAAACCAGUGUCCUAAAAGGGAAACACCGGCCAAAGCCGUGAUCACAUUCAUACAUGUAUUAUGACACAUACUCCUUUGUCGACCAUAUGAGUCCCUCAUGUCUACAAAUGCACUUAUGAGGAAGUGAGAGACAGGCCAAGCUGAGGGACACAUUGUACCAGUAGAGUUGGGGGUAGACACCCAUUGGUCUCAGUAGGAGUCUCCCUUCCAGGUAAGUUGUGGGUGGGCAUGUUGAACGGUCCAUCCUGGAAAGUAUAUGUCUCCAUUCCUGAUGGUGGAUAGCAUUUCCUUCUUGAGCUACUAGCACACAGUGACAUGUCCACUGUUGUUUCCCAGCAAGGACAGCGGGCCGAAGAAAGUGACAUUAAUACAGGCCCUGAGUACAGAUUCUAUAACAGAGUGAUUACAGACUGGGAACUGAGAAUCCUGCAGCUUCGAGAUGGAAAGCAUGUUGGGUUUAGAUUCGUUAUGGCUACUUCUACGCCAAGCUUUGGUUCCAUUUCUUUGCUUCCUACACAUCUACAAAAUGUGUGAAACUACAAAAUGUUUGCUGAAUAAACCUUUAUUUGGAGUUUGCAAUGUUUUAAGGAAUUACAAAUAUGUUCAUUAUGUCAGCCAUGGUAUUUCAUUAUUGAGUAUGUUAUAAAAGUGUUGGGGAAAAAAACAUUGCCAUUUUUACCACAUUAUUUAUUAUUAAAAUGUCUUAA